AUGCCAGCUUUGAGAUUCAAAGACAAACUUGAAUUGUUACUGCUUUGUCCUGAUGAAGCCAACAAAAAACUUAGAUGUUUCCAAAUUGAAUUUAACAUGAAAUUAGAGCUUGCACGACUAAAUUAUGAGGAGGAGUUUGAUUCUUCUUGCAAUGAGAGUCUCGUUCUUAUAGUUAAAUAUUACAUGUCAGUUCCUUUUGCAUGGGAGGUAGCUUGCAUAAAACCAUUCUCUGGUUACUGUCAUCAUAAUAUUCAAAACUUGAUAACCAAAUUAUCAAGAACUGUAGUGGCGACAUCAGAGAAAGGCAACAAGUCAUCAAUUCUCAACGAAAAUGUUGAGAGACUACAGCAAUUCGGCGUUCAAAUCCAAUGCCUGAAACUUGCCGAGAUGGUGUCUGAAGCUGCAAUCUCAAAUAAUAUUAUUGAGAUGCAGGAAUUGUUCAUGAAAGCUACUAUAGAUUCUGUAUGCAAGGUUAUCCUUGGUGUUGAACUGGACACCGUGUAUGGAACCAAUAAAGAAGGCAGAGAGUUUUCCAAUGCUUUUGAUGAAGCAAGUGCUGCUAUCAUGUACCGGUAUUUCAACUUUCUCUGGAGAAUCAUGCGGUUCUUGAACAUUGGAGCAGAAGCAGUUCUUAGGAAAAGUCUUAGAGUGAUGGAUGAAUUCUUUUAUAAACUAAUCAGAAACAAGAUUGAACAAGCCCAAAAGCUACAAGAAAAUUUACCUGUGAUGAAAGGAGACAUGUUGUCAAGGUUUAUAGAAUUGAAAGAAACUGAUCCAAAGUACCUUAGAGACAUUUCCUUGAGUUUUAUCCUUGCAGGGAGAGAUACAACAGCAAUUACUCUUUCCUGGUUUCUUUCAGCUGGAUCAACCAUUGAUGAAUUUGUAGCUGGAGUAACUGAAGAAGAAAACCUGGAAAAGAUGCAGUAUCUACAUGCCUCAUUGAAUGAAACACUCAGGCUCCAUCCAGAAGUUUCGGUGCAAGGUAAGUAUUGUUUUUCAGAUGACAUGUGGCCAGAUGGAUUUAGUGUGAGGAAAGGUGAUCUUGUGUCAUUCCAACCGUAUGUCAUGGGAAGAAUGAAAUUCUUGUGGGGUGAAGAUGCUGAGAGAUUCAGGCCAGAGAGAUGGCUCGAUGGGAAUGGAAUUUUGAAGAAAGAAAGCCCUUUUAAGUUCCCAGUCUUCCACGUAGUCACAGCUUCAAAAUAG